GGGGUACAUUGUGAUGGAGCGGCGAGGUAUCCGUUGUAGGUUUGAGGUUGACGUUGAGCGUCCGAGGGCAUCAAUUCGUAGAGAAGUAUUAUUCGACGUCAACUGGAUAUCAGAUACUCAACGGGCUUCUGGCCGUCUUUAUAACUGUGGCGAGUAACGGGAGAAGCGUGAGAAAUGGUGAUAAAGAAAAUCUGUUGCAUCGGAGCUGGGUACGUUGGUGGGCCCACCUGCAGCGUAAUUGCCUUGAAAUGUUCCGACAUCACCGUAACGGUUGUCGAUAAAAGCAAGGAGAGAAUAGCGCAGUGGAAUUCGGAAAAACUGCCGAUUUACGAGCCCGGUCUUGACGAGGUAGUCGGAAAAUGCCGGGGGAAGAAUCUCUUUUUUUCGACAGAUAUCGAGACGGCGAUAAAGGAGGCAGAUUUGAUAUUCAUUUCCGUCAAUACGCCCACGAAAACGUUCGGCAAUGGGAGAGGCAGAGCCGCUGAUUUGAAGUACGUCGAGAGCGCAGCUCGAAUGAUUGCAGAAAUCGCAACUGGCGACAAAAUAGUUGUAGAAAAGAGUACGGUACCAGUCCGCGCUGCUGAGAGUAUUUUAAAUAUUCUCAGGGCGAAUCACAGGCCAGGUGUGUCGUAUCAGAUUCUCUCAAAUCCAGAAUUCCUGGCGGAGGGAACAGCCAUCGACGACCUGGUGAAUGCCGAUCGAGUGUUGAUCGGAGGUGAGAAUUCGCCCGAAGGUCGCGAAGCGAUAGAAGAACUUUGCAAGGUCUACGAGCGCUGGAUACCCAGAGCAAAUAUCUUGACAACAAAUACUUGGAGUUCAGAAUUGUCGAAACUGGCGGCAAAUGCAUUCCUGGCCCAACGAAUUUCUAGUAUUAAUUCGCUUUCCGCCGUAUGCGAAGCGACAGGUGCGGACGUCUCCGAGGUCGCACGGGCCGUUGGCUGGGAUUCGCGAAUAGGAUCGAAAUUCCUGCAGGCAUCGGUUGGAUUCGGAGGUUCCUGUUUCCAGAAAGACAUUUUGAACCUAGUAUAUAUUUGCGAGUGUCUUAAUCUUCCCGAGGUAGCGGCGUACUGGCAGCAAGUCAUAGACAUGAACGAGUACCAGAAGUCUCGGUUUUCCGCCAAAGUUAUCGAGUCACUCUUCAACACCGUUACCGACAAACAGAUCGCCAUGCUCGGCUUCGCAUUUAAGAAGAAUACCGGGGAUACCAGGGAGUCACCCGCCAUCCACGUCGCCAAGACGUUACUCGACGAGGGAGCGAAGCUCCACAUAUACGAUCCGAAGGUAGAGGAGUCCCAAAUAAUGGAGGAUUUGACUCAUCCGAGUGUCACCGAUGACCCUGAGAACAUCAAGAAGCACGUCAGUAUCUACAUGGACGCGUAUUCUGCGACGAAGGACACUCACGCAAUUGUGCUUUGCACCGAGUGGGAUGAGUUUAUGGCUUUGGACUAUGAAAAAAUUUACGCCGGAAUGAUGAAGCCAGCGUACAUAUUCGAUGGGCGGAAGAUACUGGACCACAACGCCUUGCAAAAAAUCGGUUUUAUCGUUCAAACUAUUGGCAAAAAGUUGGCGAGAACGGCUGUCUCCAGAUCUUGGGCCAGUCAAAGUCAGAUGUAAAUUGCGACGAGAUAUUUACUAUGGAAUUUGACUGCAGGCUUUUCAAUCAUGAAGAGCUUGCUGAAAAAAUUUGGUGCUUUACGUAGUUUUGACUCAAUCGCCGAAACUUCACGAGAUGUAACAACAGUGCGGAGAAGCACUUUUCCAAAAAUUUACGUGAUUCACGGGGCG